AGAAAACUAACUGAAUGAUUCAAUUAAAGAGUGCAUAGUAUACAAUCUACAAGUACAUUUCAUAUAUUUUUUGGUUUUGUUUUUAGGGAAAAAGUCAGAAUUGGAAGCAAAGCGCCAAUUGUAGGGGAAAAAAAAAAUGUAAUCUCGAGAAAGAUUGCCACUUUUUGUUAAGAAAUCAUAAUUUGAAAAAAAAAUCAUCUUACGAGAAGGACGUCGUAUAUUUUGUUUUUACGGGGGGAAAAAACAUGUUUCAAGAAAGAAUUUCUUUUUAUGACAGUUACCAGUUGAAAUUUGAUUUUUCAAACUUUUUGUUCCCUUUUUUUAGGGGAAAAACCCUUUUGUGAGAAAAAUAGCCUCCUCUUAAAGGGAACUAAAAGUUUGACUUUUGGCAUAUCACGAGAGCACCGACACGAGGGCGGGUCAAUUUCCCAUCAUUUGAUCAAUAACGCAAAAGACAUUUUCCUUUUGAAUCAAAUCAAUUGAUUUGACCGAUAGGACUAUUUGAAGUCUCUAUUGUUUCUAACGAGAAACUAUCCUCAAAGUCCAAUUUUGUUCCGAGUUUGCGUCUCCCAAAUUCGGGGAUCUGUUGGAUUUUGAAUGAGGAAAAGGAAGACAAAUGCAAACUUACACCAGAGGCUUCCGUGAGCUGACGUGCCAGGAUGAGGCACGAAAAUAAGCAGAAUAGGAAUAUGUAGGAAUUUGGAAGUCUUUAGCGUCGCUGCGACUGCAUCGAUGGCUCGAACGAGUAGUUGGACUCAUUUACGCACUCGCACCAUUUUGAUGGAGAUGUUAAUGUCUCUACAGUUAACACAGGAGAUAUUUAUUGCUAAAUUAGAUUUGUCUGUAGCAUUAUUGGUCAAGUGACAUGAAAAGGACCCAUACAUAGUAAGUAUACUGUUGUCUGUACAAUUGUUUUUUGAAGGAAAUAAUAUCGACUUGUUGUUUUGGAUGUUCCGUCCGAUCGGCAACGUUGCCCUCACCCGACCGUCCGUCUGUGUGUGUGUGUGUCGUGCGUCCAGGUGAGCGCCCGCUGGCGGACUACGUUCGGCGCGGACGCGGCGUCGGACGGCAUCAUGGCGCACGGCCAGCCCGACGCGGGCCACGUGUACGCGCCUCCGUACACGCACGCGCACCUGCACCCGGCCCCGCCCUCGUACUCGUGCGGCGCCGACGUUUACCACCAGGACCCGGCCGACGGGGGGUAUCUGGCCACGCCCCCCUGCGGCGCGGCGUCCUAUCACGCGGCUCCUUCGUACAACUCUGCGCCCAAAGUCCCGCUCGUGCCCGACUACGGGACGGCGGGGGGUCUGUACCUACCUCAGGCCGCCUUCCCUGACCGGAGGUCGGUGACGGCGUACGCUUUGGACUCGUUCCGCGCGGCCCCCACGCUCACUCCCCUCAACACCAUCCGGAAUUUCACCCUGGGCGCGCCGCCGCCGCCUUCCGCAGCCGCCGAGGGCCCGCUCGCCGCCGCCGCAGCCUUCCCGACUCAUCAGAACCUCACGCUCAGGCCCAUCCCGCGGCCCCGCAAGUACCCGUGCCGGCCCGGCAAGACGCCCGUGCACCAGCGGCCGUACGCCUGCCCGGCCGACGGCUGCGACCGGCGCUUCUCGCGCUCGGACGAGCUGAGCCGCCACCUGCGCAUCCACACGGGCCACAAGCCCUUCCAGUGCCGCAUCUGCUUGCGCGCCUUCGGCCGCAGCGACCACCUGACCACGCACGUGCGCACGCACACCGGCGAGAAGCCCUUCUCCUGCGACACCUGCGGCAGGAAGUUCGCGCGCAGCGACGAGAGGCGGCGGCACGUCAAGAUACACCUGCGCGGCAAAGGCCCCGCCCCCUGACGUGACGAGGCGAGGACCACGAGCGCGGCAACACCUCAGGGAGGAAACGCUGUGGCCGACCUUCUUCACAUCUCAAAGCGAAGUUU